CCCACAAUUACACUCAGCCCGAAGCAAUCAGCUCUCUAUCAGCUAUAUCUCUCGAAAAACCCGAUCAGCAUCGCAUCAGGUGUUGGAUGCGUCUGCCCGGAAUUUCCCAGACUGCGUUCGUAAAUUUAAGAUCGUCAUCUAUCAGUUGGUCACAAAUAGAAUUGGUGCUGGUUGUGCCCGUAAAAUCAGGCAGCAACACCUCCAAUCAAUUUUGAACUGCUAUAAUCGAUUGAACCUGCGCAGCAGCUAUAAAAGGUGGCUUUGCCCAGUCGUCUCUUCUGGUUUCGACGAACCACAUAUAUGUGUCAGGUGUGACGUUAAUAUGGCGAAACUUGAACUGAAACUGGUCGGAAUUGUUAUAUUCUUGGUAGCCGCUCUUAAGGCUCAGGAAACCCCAGCGACUGAAUCAUCUCCAGCCACGCUUAUAGCUGGUGGAACUUCACCAGUAACAAAAAGCAGCUCUGCCGGAGAAACCACUAAAGCUGGGACAGAAUCUACUGGAUCAACAAUCGAUUCCCCAGAUCAUAAUAAUACUGAUACCACGGAGAGUCCCACACACCACAGCUCAGAGCAUAAUGGAACACAUCCUGCGGAAAAUGGAGGAGACCCAUUCGUUAAGCCAGGGAAACAUAGACCAGGUCCACGCCAUGUAAAAGCCCACGAUGGGUUCCACAAUUUAAGGACGGAGAAGAAUUGGGCUCACUGGAAUGACGCCUUCACCACACCCCGUCCUUAACUACCCUAUAUUAUUUAAAACUUCUAAUAAUGUGACUUCACUUUGAUUAUUAUUAUAAUAAAACAAACCCCAGGACAAA